UAUUCCUGUGCUUGUGCAUGGGAUUUACAGUCCGGGGCGGAGUUGCACUUUCCGGUCUCCUGUCACUGGUGUUUAUUUACCUUGCAGUGCCACAAGCCGGGGACAAUGAGCGGGUUACAGAACAAUGACUUGAAAAGACAGUUUCUCAUGGAGCGUCUACUGGAUGCCGUAAAGCAGUGUCAAAUUCGAUUUGGAGGACGAAAGGAGAUUGCUUCAGAUUCCGAUAGCCGGGUUAUUUGUCUGUGCGCUCAGUUUGAAGCUGUUCUUCAGCAUGGCUUGAAGAGAAGCAGAGGAUUAGCAUUAACAGCAGCAGCCAUCAAACAGGCAGCAGGAUUCUCCAGUAAAACAGAGACAGAACCCGUAUUUUGGGUGUACGUGAAAGAAAUUCUUAACAAGCACGAACUUCAGAGAUUCUACGCUUUGAAGAACAUAACCACUGAUGUAGGGAGGGGCCGCGCCUGGCUGCGAUGUGCUUUGAAUGAACAUUCCCUGGAGCGCUACGUACAUAUGCUGCUUGCAGAUCCUAACAGGCUUAGUUUCUUCUAUGAAGACUGGUCAUUUCUGUUAGAUGAGGAACGUUCCAGCAUGCUUCCUACUAUGGCAGCUGGUUUGAACUCCAUCCUGUUUGCAAUAAAUAUUGAUAACAAGGAUCUAAAUGGACAAGCAAAGACAGUUCCUACAGUGUCGCACCUUCUGAAGGAGUCCACUCAGAAUGUCACUUCUUUACUUAAGGAGUCCACACAAGGCGUCAGCAGUCUCCUUCGAGAGAUCACAUCAUCUUCUGCCGUAUCUAUUUUAAUAAAACCAGAGCAGGACUCUGACCCUUUGCCAGUGCUUUCCAGAAGUCUUGCAUCAGAUGGCAAAGCGAAAAAGGAUCGUAAAAAGAAGAAGAAAGUGUCGACUAUCAUCUCGUUUGAUGAUGACGGCGAUAUGGAAGAUCCGCAUCCGCCUGCGGGUUCAAAGACCUUGAUGAGCGGCAUGGAGGGUUCAGAGGAGCAUUCUGACAGGUCCUCAGCUGCUCUCUCUAACUUUGAAGUGCAGUUUGAGAUGAACUUGAAUGACAAAGAAAAUACAGACUGCUCCUGGAGUAACGAUUCUCCGUGUGUUAAUGGGGAUUUCGGCUAUAGAAAGCUGGACGUGAAGAGCAUAGAUGAUGAAGACUUGGAUGACUAUGACACGUAUGAGGCACAACCUGUCAGCAAGUCAGAAGUUAGAACUGAUGAGAGUGUUUCUGCUGAACAGACACCCGUAGGAAGCUCAGAAAACCCCCAAGUUUGCUGCUGGACACCAUUACAAGUCUUAGAUGACAACUCUGAGGUCUUAUUCCCUGUUAAUGCUGCAAGUUCCUAUACCACCUCAGAUUCCACUUUGAAUAAUUUGCCAUAUGGAGAUGAAAAUAUCAGUGCUGCCCUUGCUGUAGAGUUGGCUCAGAGAGGAUCUGACAUCCAGUUCAGCAUGGAAGCCAGUCCACCAGCACCGGUGACGGCAAUAAGCGGUGUACCGCCUGAAGAGGAAGGUCCAGACUCCAUGACAAUAAGUGAACUCCGUCAAGCUGUCGUUCUCAUGAUGAACAGAAAAAAAGAACUUGAGGAUGAAAAUGCAUCACUGAGAAACCUGCUUGAUUCAGAGAUGGAACAUUCUUCAGCACUCAGGCUGGAAAUUGACAACCUGAGGAGGAGUGUGGCAGAACAGGAGGAGCGGCACGCAGCGAAAAUCCAAGCUUUGGCAAGGGAAAACGAGGUGCUGAAAGUGCAGCUGAAGAAGUAUGUUGGCGCAGUACAGAUGCUGAAGAAAGAGGGACCCAAUGACACAUUCCCAAACCUUCGAAAUAUUGAUGGAGAGAUAAUUCCUGAAGUAAAGCCUGUGGUGGAUCAUGAUGAGUUAGCCAGUUCAUAUGAACGCAAGCUCAUAGAGGUUGCUGAAAUGCACGGAGAGUUGAUUGAAUUCAACGAAAAGCUUCACCGUACUCUCAUUGCAAAGGAAGCGCUUGUGUCACAAAUGAGGCAGGAACUUAUUGAUCUCAGAGGGCCGGUCCCUGGAGAUUUGAGUCAAACAUCUGAGGACCAGAGUUUGUCAGACUUUGAAAUAUCACACCGUGCCCUUGUAAAUGUUUGGAUACCCUCGGUUUUCCUACGAGGUAAAUCUACCCACGGCUUUCACGUCUAUCAGGUUUAUGUCAGGAUUAAGGAUUACGAAUGGAACAUUUAUAGGAGGUAUGCCGAGUUCCGGAGUUUACAUCACAAGCUGCAAAGUAAAUAUCCGCACGUGAGAAACUUUCACUUUCCACCAAAGAAAGCUAUUGGGAACAAGGAUGCAAAGUUCGUAGAAGAACGACGGAAGCAGCUCCAGAUUUACUUAAGAAAUGUCAUGAACAAAGUCAUACAGACAGUGCCAGAGUUUGCUGCCAAACCUAAUAAAGAAAGCUUAGUACAACUGAUGCCCUUUUUUACUGACAUUCAAGGCAAUGGAGAACAAGGAAGCAAAGGCAGUCGAUCUAAAGUGGCCUCUCGAUUUCCAAAAUUAUCUCGAAGCCACCAGAGAGACUACCGGAACCCUGAACCACAAAGUGGAGAUCUCUGAGCACUUUAUUUUAUACCAAGGCAGAUAAGAACUGAACUCUGCAAAAUGCCUCCUGUCCAGAAAUAGGUCACAUUACCACUUAUGGAAUCUUCUCCUAGAAAAAGAUGCACACAUCUUACGAAUAAAUCAUCACACUUUUUCUGUUGCUCAAACAAAGGCCAUCACUUUGAGGCUUUACUUUAUCUUGCACAUUGAUGACUAAUGUCACAGGGUCACCUGGAGCAUGCUAAGUAUAAUCAGAUUCUUAUUUUUAGGUCUUUAAAUCAUGAUUGGAGCACACCAACAAAUCGUGGUCUGUAUCUGAUGCAGCUUAGUAGAUUGUUUUGAUGAUGAUAACUUUCUAUGGACACAUCUAGCCUUGGAUGACUAACAGUGUUUUUUGAAAACUGCCAUGUUUGAUGACUGCCUUGUAGGGUAAAAUCACUGAUAUCAUUGUUACUAUAUUGAGAUCAUAGUUUUCUAUAGCUUACUUUAAGCCAACUCAUAUAAAAUACAAACUUGCGGGUCAAAAAAAUAAGUACAAUCAAGCCUGAUUAUCACUGGAGUCUUAAAGGGACUUCAAAGAGACUAACAUGCAUGGGCUUAUCUUAGGAUAGGCCAUCCAAACCUAGUCACAUAAUGUGGGACCCCUAUUGAUCAAAAGCAAUUUGCAAGUGAUCAAUGUCCCUAAAGUUCCACCACAGAAACAAGUAGGCAUUAAGUAGUGCUCAUUAAAACAAUGGGCUAGCCAUGUAUACAUUGACAUACUGGGUCCUCAAAAGCAGUGUUCCAACCUGCCGGUCAUGUUUUCAGGAUUUCCUUGGUAUUGAACAGAUGAUAUAAUUAGUGUCAAUGCAUCAGGACUCACAACAAGCAUUCAUUGUGUGGCUUAUUCUCAAAUCGUGACCAGCAGGUGGGCCCUAAGGGCAGCAGUUGAGAAACGCUGCUCCAAAGCGGGAGACUCUAAUUUGACUGCCCUAUUGAUGGAGGCUACAGAUGCAUGACCCCCUCUAUUCCUUGUAAUAACUAAAAUGCUCUAACAGCAAAUUUGAAAAUAGAUUUUCUACAGCAGUCACGUAAAAGGGAAGAUUUUUUUUAUGCCAAAUUCUCUUUUAGUUGUAACCAUACAGUCAGAUGCCACUCUCAGUCUAUAAGGCUACAUUCGACCAGAUGCACUUAACUCCCUCCGAGGUGCAGGAGACUCGAUGCUUUUAUUUGCCAUCUUCUGUCUAGACCAGGGAUGUCAAACUCGUGGCCCUCCAGCUGUUGCAAAACUACAACUUCCAUCAUGCCUGGACAUCCUACAGUUAUUGGGGCAUGCUAUGAGUUGUAGUUUUGCAUCAGCUGGAGGGCCAUGAAUUUGACAUCUGUGCUCUAGACCAUGGAUGUACCUUGGCUGUAGAUCGUGCUGUUGUAAAGAUGGUAUCAUUUGUAGCACCUAUGGAAAUGUGCCUUCUAAAGGGCUUAGAUGCAGCUUACUUACAGUAUCACCAUCUGUACUUUAUAUAUAUCAUUUAUGCUGUAACUGUGUAAGGCCUCAUGCACACCACCGUUUUUUGUACCAAUGUCCAAUCCAAAUUUUUUUUUUUGCGGAUUACAUAUGGACCCAUUCACUUCUAUAAGUCUGCAAAAAAAAAAGGAAUCUAUGUACUUUCCACAUCUGUGUGUCUAUUCCACAGAUCCACAGUAUUGUGGACAAGAAUAGUCACUUCUAGCAAUGGGAGUGAAAAAAAUGCAGAUUGCACAUGUAGGGUGUCCUUAUUUUGCGGAUCUAUGGUUUGCAGACUUCAAUACGGACAUGGUCAUGUGCAUAAGACCUAAAGCAAUGUUCUCCAACCACUGGUUUUCUAAUUGUUGCUAAACUACCAACUCCCAACAUGUCCUGUGUAUCCAUCAGGGCAUGCUGGGAGUUUAUUCUCUGCAACAAUUGAUGUCCACUGGUUGGAUAAUAUAAUUUUACAAUACUUCCAAAGCAAACUUGUGCGUUUUUCCACUAAUUAAAAAAGAAUAUCGACUGUAUCUCCUUCGCCUUAUGUUUUAAAUUAAUUUUUAUGCAUGAAUUGAGAUGCAUUAAGCUGUGAUCCCACCUAUUAUAUUCUGAUUAAGAAUUGUCACUUUCAUUACAGGACUACUAAGCACCAACAAUAGGGAAAUGCAAGCUAUGAAAACACUCAGCCUUCUACAUAGAAAGAUUGUGUAUUGUAACUUAAUUUGUACAUUUUGUUGUGUUUGUCUUUUUUUAGGAAAUUUGAAAUGACUGUUGGCAUCAGCCACACUUUAUUGUCAGACACAUUAACAUCAUUGAAAUUUAAAGGGUGAUCUGAGAUAUUCAGUUGAUCUAAGCCUACAUUAGGCCAUACAUUUUUGAUUGGUGGUGGUCCCAUGCCUAGGACCCCCAAUGUGCAGCAGCAGAAAGAAGAGGCUGUGCUGCCCUCUGGAGCACUGUGCCCCCUAUAAGGCAUGUUCACAUAGAAUAUGUGCUGAAAUUUACAUAGAAUCCACUCAAAAUCCUCCCCAUUGUUGUCAGUAAGAAGCCAUGGUAUGUUUGAUGGCAAAUCCAUGGCAGCAAUGUGAUGGUCAGCCUUGGAUUUCUGCCACGCAGUCCAUGUCGUGAUUCUGUCAUGUGGAGCAUGCCCAUAGAGUAGGGCCACCAUGAGUGGAUACGCUGUUGAUUCAUCUCAGUGGACUUGCAGGUGGAAAAUCCACAGUGUAUACAGUAGCAGCAAAGUGGCUGAGAUUUUAUCAGAUGUCAUCCACACGCCACGUAAAAAAUCCAAAUACAUGUGGUGCAGAUUUUAAUGUCCCAAGCAUGUCUGUCAAUUUAUGCUAUGGAUUUUGACUGUGGAUUUCACCCUUUAGGCCAGAUUCAGGAAUCUGUAUUCUGGACGCGUUUCCCAAUCUGGGAUUAAUUACUUCAACUGUCAGCAUCAUAGCAUACAGACGCGUGGAUCCAGCCUUACAAUACAUAGGGUGAAUUCUGCUGCGAAUACACCUCAAAAUCUGCAACAAUUCUGCAAUUACCACUUUAAUUACAUAGGUUGUAGAAAUCACAUCCAUCAAGUCCACCUUUCACAGACCUACUGUAGCUAUCUCAACCAGAAGACAGUUAAGUAACCCCCCUGGGUGAGUUAAAAGAAAACUUUGGGAACCCAUACUGUGCUAUGCCAAAUACAGGGACAGUGCAUGGCAUAGGGAUUCAAGGGGGUAUCUCUGUGUCAGGCUCAUCCUCUAAGGCCCAAUACUAGCCAUAUAUCAGUUUUGUCUGGGGUGUUUCUUUGAAUGUAUCCAGCAUUAGCAAUAAUGGCCCACUUAUUGGGUCAUCUUUCUUUAUAUAUCUAUCCUUCAGUAUUACUGCACUUUUAGUUGUCCUAAAAGUCAUCCCAUCAGAUGCUUUAAGAAGAUAAUAGGGAUUAAGUUUGAGCUCCAGCUCGCUCAUAAUGCAUUUGGUGGAGUCUGGAACUUGUGUAUAUAUGAUAUGUAAUGAAAUCUAGAUACAUAUACAUUGACAAACGUGCAUCUUUAAAGGAUGUAGGUGCUUGUACAAAUAACAAUGAUGUAAUGUUUAAUGUACCUAUUAUUUACUAAUGUCAU